GACACGUUGCAAAAUGCCGAAUGUACGCGGUCUUCUGUGGCUGUCUGUAAUGGUAAAAAUAUAAAUAAUGCAAUGUUUGUAGGCGGGAAAUAUAAACGCUUUCAUUACUGACGGCUGAAAGCGGCUUCCCAUAAAAUAUAAACGUGUGAAUUAUCGACGUGUUUCUUUCCGUGUGAAUUUUUUUACAUCUAUAGGUGUGAAACAACAAGUCGUAAAAUGUGUGGUGUGCGCAUGCGCGAUGCCAGUGUGCGCGUGUAGAUAAUGCUCGUAGUGGUGGAAUGGGGCGAAGGAAAGCAAUAUACUAAAAUGGCUUAAUUUCCUCGGGAGUUAGGAGUGCAGACAACGAACACCACGAUGUUGUCUCCUGAGUCUGCAAAGCUGAAGAAAGAGAAGGCGGAGGUUGACGGUGUUUCGGAACUGCCGCUGCAAACUUCGGCGCUCGGCUUUUCCCCGGACCAAGUGGAGAGUAUCUGCGAGGCGCUGAUGGAGGGGGGCAACGUGGACCUCCUGGGUCGGUUCCUCUCCACCAUCCCUCCGUCGGCCGACCUGCUACGUGGCAACGAGACCCUGCUGAAGGCCCAGGCGCUGGUCUCCUUCCACCGGGAGGAAUUCAAAGAGCUGUAUGCCAUACUAGAGAGCCGCGACUUCCACCCGAGCAACCAUAGGUUCCUGCAGGACCUGUACUUGCGGGCGCGGUAUAAAGAGGCGGAGAGGUCCCGGGGUCGCAGCCUGGGAGCCCUGGAUAAAUGCAGGCUCCGGAAGAAGUACCCACUGCCAAACACGAUAUGGGACGGAGAGAAGUCCCGCAACGCCCAGAAGGAGUGCUACACCAGCGAUAGGUACUCGACUUGGGGGCGAGAUCCGGAGCCUGGGAGGGUAGAACCAGCUAGAGAGCGACUCACCACGAUCCGACUGGCUGUUCUUCCGAAUGGCCAAGAUUCAGUAUUUUUACCAAGAGUGGGAUCAUUAAUUAAAAAAAUCGUGGUUCCACUCUCCAUGCCAGAGAGCACGUUUAUUGAAAAAAUAAGGGCAGAAUUCCCUAGUUUACGAGGUGACUUCUGCCUUUGCAGAGUCAACAGACUUAGGAAAAUCCAGCAGCUGGAGCUUACCUCUGUCUGUCCCGCUGCAAUUAAAGCAUGUCCUUUACUGCGAAGAUCGGCCGUGUACAUCAGACCGAUGGAAAACAGGGAGGAGGUCGAGAAUGUGCAUCAAGUGGGGGGUGGGAAUGGAAUGGAGUGGGAAAGCCAAGACAUGGAGGAACAGAAAAGACUUCGCGUGUUUAGGCGAGAUGAGGAGCACGGGAGCACAGGACCGGUCAGACGGCGGAUGACUGCAAUACGACUGGCUGCUCUUCCAAACAGCCGAGAUACACUCUUAUUUCCAAGAGCGGGAUUAUCCAUAAAGAAAAUCGUGGUGCCACUCUCCAUGCCAGAGAGCGCAUUUAUUGAGAAAAUAAGGGCAGAAUUCCCUAGUUUACGAGGUGACUUUCAGCUUUGUAGAGUCAACAGACAAAGGGAAAUCCGCCAGCUGCAGCUCUCCCCUGUCUGUCCCUCGGCUAUAAAAGCGUGUCCUUUACUGCGAAGAUCGGCCGUGUACAUCAGACCAAUGGGGUCUGGGGAGGAGGGAGUCGGGAAUGUGAAUGUAGUGGGGGAUGGAGUUGGAAAGGAGUGGGAGAAGCACAGCGGGUUGGAGGAACCAAACGUGCUGGAGGAGGAGGAGGAGGACGAGGAGGAGGAACGAAACGAGUUGAAGGAGGAGGACAUGAUUACAGAUCAGGCCGACGAUAAAGCAGUAGAGAGAGUGAGUGUGGGCUUGCUGGAAUGCCGUGUCCUGCCCGGACAGCAGAAUGAAGAGCAUCGGCAUUCGCCGGUACUAGACCGAGAAAUGGAGAGACGACGAAGGCAGUUUCUGGAGCGUGAGCUGAGAAGAAUAGAGGCUAUAAAUACCAGGAAGAAAAUGAUGAAUUCCAUACCAGAGCCUGACAAUGGGGUAACAGUCCAGUUUAAGUAUCCUGACGGUAGCUUAAGACGGAGACGCUUCCUUCCUAGCCAACCUUUCCAGCAUAUAGUUGCCUUUGCGGGCAGUGAAGAAAUGGCUAGUGAAAUAUUUACGCUUCAGAAGGCUAUGUCCUGUACCUCACUGCAAAGCACCCAAAGAGGUUCACUGGCAGACAAUGGCAUCACUGCACCGUGUACUCUGUACAUUCUGUGGAUGUUGGGGGACGCACUGGAGGAUAUUAAGUCAAACUCCUUCGCAGCACAUGAGCAGACGCAAGCUGCACCACCUACCACAGUCCCCACCUUCUCCCCUGCUCCCCCUCCACCGGUCACAGUCCCCACCUUCUCCCCUGCUCCCCUUCUACCGGUCACAGUCCCCACCUUCUCCCCUGCUCCCCUUCUACCGGUCACAGUCCCCACCAUCUCCCCUGCUCCCCCUCCACCGGUCACAGUCCCCACCUUCUCCCCUGCUCCCCCUCCACCGGUCACAGUCCCCACCUUCUCCCCUGCUCCCCCUCCACUGGUCACAGUCCCCAGCAUCUCCCCUGCUCCCCUUCUACCGGUCACAGUCCCCACCAUCUCCCCUGCUCCCCCUCCACCGGUCACAGUCCCCUCCUUUUCCCCUCCUCUCCUUCCACCAGUCACAGUCCCCACCAUCUCCCCUGCUCCCCCUCCACCGGUCACAGUCCCCUCCUUUUCCCCUCCUCUCCUUCCACCGGUCUCAGUCCCCACCCUUUCCCCUGAUCCCUCUCCACCUGUCACAGUAACAACCUUUUCCCCUCCUCCCCCUCCACCCAUUAUAGUCCCCUCUUUUUCCUGUCCUCCCCCUCUACCUGUCACAGUCCCCACCCUUUCCCCUGCUCCCCCUCCCACCCCCAGUCCCUCUAAUAUCUCCUCCACUCCGUCAAGCCCAGACCUGCAGAACGCUGAAGAACCUUUCGUCAUUGCUUCUGCACUAAAGACACUGAAGUCAAGGGUUCACCCUCUUGCUCCCUCGGCUAACCAGAUAAAUGUUCUUCGUAAUGAAGAGUUUGACUGUGCUUUGAGAGCCUUUAGGCGGCCUGCCUUUGACCCAGAGUCAAAACUGGACAUUGUUUUUAUUGAUGAGGAUGGUCUGGGAGACGGGGCCGCAGAUGGCGGAGGGCCUACCAGGGAGUUUUGCAGACUCUUGAUGGGACAAAUCCAAGAGCACCAAAUAUUUGAAGGCCCUCAAGAAGCUCGCACCCUGGUCCUCGACAGUGUUGCCCUUCACAACAACAUGUACAGAAUUGUGGGCCAAAUGUUGGCCGUUUGCCUGAUCCAGGGAGGUGUGUCACCUAACUUUUUCUCAAGAAGGCUUUUCAGCCAAGCCUUUGGUCUUCCGUCUGUCCCAGCGACCACUGAGGAAGUGGUAGACCGCGGCCUAAAGGCUAAACUGGAGAAGAUAAGCAGUGCAGAGACACUUGACGAUGCCAGACAGGCUGUUAAUGAAGCAGCGGAUGAGUUGGAUCCGAUGGGAGCUCUAUGGCACCUCCAGUCCUUGGAGCAAAGGAAAGAGCUGAUAGAGGCUGCUGUCCAGUUUUACUGUGAGAGGCGAAUCCAAGCAGCCCUCCAACAACUCAAAGAAGGACUGAGUACUCUUGGUGUCCUGGAAGAAGUGACGUCACACCCUCAAGCUUUUGAGAAAAUCUUCCUGCAGGAUACAACAUCCCUGAAGGCCAGUGAUAUCGUGGGGCUUUUCCAGGCCAGAUCUAGAUCAUUGCCAGGGUCAAAUCGGAGGCGGCUGGAAGCCAGAGCUAUUGCCUUUUGGAAGGAUUGGCUUCUGGAGGUAGAAGGCGGACUAACCCACCCAAUCGAUCUUGAGGAUGUUCUCAUUUUUGCCACAGGCCUGCGCCGAAUCCCAGCAAUGGGUUUUGUGACACAGCCAGAACUGGCAUUUCUCCACCCAGAGGAUGGACUAGCUAGAUUCCCAAAGGCAAACACAUGUUCACUGGUGCUCCAUCUACCUGUGGGACAGUCUUACACUGAAUUCAAAAAUAACAUGGAGCUUGGAAUAGGCUCUGGGGAGUGCCGAGUGUUACAGUGAAUGUUUGGUAUUCUGAAUUCUUUUGUUUUUCUAUGAAAAAACAGCAUGUAGAAUAAUACUUUUACAGAAACACGUUUGAUGACAAGCAAUUGUAUAUGGUCUGUUCAUUUUAUUUUAAUUAAACUUGAACAGUGAAUUUUGA